AUGAUAGAUUUUAAGGACGAACUCGAUGCCAGUCUAGAGUUUGGAUCGGGUUAUAUCUGCUUGAUAGGACCGCCCAGCAGUGGCAAGACGACCUCCCUGCUAGAAUAUUUGACUUCUCGUGAGGAGGCCUUUGAUAGGGGCCGCACUUCCCCGGCUGGGGUAGAGGUUGCGGAGGAGGUGCCGGGUGGGAGCGGCGCGCCCUGUUUGCAUCUGGAGUACUUGAGUGCUCGUAACCUUUGCGGGGAUGCCCUUGCGUAUCUUUCCCGGCGACUACAGCUGAAGCCCACGCGGCGGCGCCUCGUCUACGACUGCACCCCGAUUGAUUUUGGUUUUUGCGUAGCGCAAUGGCUGAAGGCGCAUCCGCGCGGCAGCGAGCUGCACCUCGUCCUAGACGACGCGGAUCUGCUCGAGGAGAGCCCCGACGCGAUCGAUCUAUGGCUGAGCAACUGCCUCCAGGAGUCGGCGGCGCGUGGGAGUCUGGUUUGCCUUUGGCUGAUAAUGCAGAUGCCGUUGAGGCUGGCGAACUGCUUUCGGUUUCACGUGAUGUCGCCGCCUCGUGUGGAGGGGAUGUGUGCCUGGCUAGAGGAGGAGUAUUCUCGAAACAACGCUCUCCUCUUGCAGGACGGUCGGCAAGGGGCGAACGACGCGGUGGAAAACGGCGACGCGGAGGCUAACGCGGCAAGUAAACGGCGCCGCGAUGCGGAACUUACCCAUCGUUGUAUGAUGCAGGCGAUGUAUUACUACACCACCCACCAACCCAUGCGAUCGUCUGUGAUCUGCAAAAACAAGCAGAUGCUUUUGAAGCGGGUGUAUCAGCUGCUCCCGGCGCUGCUUUCCGCGGUCAACGGGGACGUCUCGAAGCUGAACGCGGUGCAUUACGUAGGGGUGUGGGGGCGCUUUAAGGAAAUCGCGAACAUCGCGAACCGGCCGGGCGAGAAUCCCGCCGGGGAGGGUCGACCGGACCUCUCAAUCGCCCCUCGUCCUCCCGGCCCGCCGGAGGGCGUCGAUCCGCUCGUGCGCGCCCUCAAACGCAUCAGCUACGCCGCCGUUUUGUUAGCCUUCGCGGCGUUCUACUGCGGCGCCGUUCCGAGGGGCAAACAGCUGCAGGUCUUCAGCAAGGAGCUCGGGGAAGGGCGUCGCGGCCGCAAGACCGCCGCGGAGGCCAACGCGCAAUCGCACAAGGCCGCCGUGCUCUCCGCAUCCGCCCACGUCAUCACCGUCCAGCGUCUGUUGCUUAUUUAUAAAGCCAUGCGGCGGAUGUGUGAAGCACAUCUGGACAGCCUGGAGCUCACCUCGUCCAAACUGGCGGCGCACUACAUACCUGGCUUUGUUUCCUGGGGUCUUUUAACGCCAGCGGUCUCACAAAGGAGAAAGAAGUUUCAUUGCUGGAUCCCAGUCAGCACAGCGCAGCAGCUCGGGAGUGUUUUGUCCUUAAACCUUUUUGAACUUAUACCGACUUAA